UCCAUAUCUGUAUUCCUUUCCCCAAUGGCAAGAUGAGUCGCAGGUCUGUGUGUGUGAUUCUUUUUUCUCUGCUGUGUGAGAGAGCAAUAUCACAAGCACAACCCAAACAGGAAAACAUUACCGGGUUCCUUGAUGGAUCUGUCUUGUUUAAUGUGAGCCAGUGCAAAGUAAUGGGAGAGCUGUCGUUCCUUAGAGAAGAUAAGAACAAUAAUGUUUCUACAAGAGUGUUUUAUGUAGACGGGACCUAUCCUGACCACGUACAUAAACCAUAUAAAGACCGCGUGCAGUGCAGGAACGGUUCUUGCUCUCUGCAAAACCUGAGGAUGGAGGACACAGGCUGGUACCGCUGGAUGUGUGAGGCUACACCUGACACGUACUUUUAUCUCAGUGUAGCUGCACAACCCAAACAGGAAAACAUUACCGGGUUCCUUGAUGGAUCUGUCUUCUUUAAUGUGAUCCGGUGCAAAGUAAUGGGAGAGCUGUCAUUCCUUAGAGAAGAUAAGAACAAUAAUGUUUCUACAAGAGUGUUUUAUGUAGACGGGAUCUAUCCUGACCGCGUACAUAAACCAUAUAAAGACCGCGUGCAGUGCAGGAACAGUUCUUGCUCUCUGCAAAACCUGAGGAUGGAGGACACAGGCUGGUACCGCUGGAUGUGUGAGGCUACAUCUGACAAGUACUUUUAUCUCAGUGUAGCUGGCUUAACAAGAAAGCUUUCCAUCUCUACUCAUCAGUCACAUGUGAAAGGUAUUCAGGGACAGACGCUUGAACUGGCUAUAUCGUAUCAGAUCACUCAGCCUAUUACGUUUAUGCAAAUCCAAUGGGAUCUUCUAAGUUCCCCAACAGUGACCCUUGUCAUGUGUACAAUACGCUCCAUAAAUGUAGGCACAGCCAAUGAACCUCGUAUCACCCAAGUCCCACCCAGGUGCUAUAAAAAUCGAAUGGACAUAACACUUGAAAACGGCUCAUUGAUAAUUAAAGGUCUAAGGAAAAAUGACACUGGAAUAUAUCAGGUGACAUUAAGAGAUUCUGUGCGAAGUGUAGUUGCUACCAUCAAUGUGACUGUGGAGGAUAUUGGUGAAGUACAAGUUGGGACACAAGUGCCAGAUGUCUGCUACUGUGCAACUAACUCCAGCUCUGUGGGUUUUAAUACUUUGGCCUGGACGAUCAUGGGAAGUCGACUGUCCUCCAUCCUUAUCACCCUCAUUGUUUUAGUUGGGAUCAAAAUAAUAAAAAGCAAAAGACGAAAGAAAUGAAGUGCUUGACAGGUUUACAAAUGAUGGUCAGCACAACAGCACUUCUGUGCAAGUGAACCCAUCGUUCUUUACUACAGGGAUAGAUCCAUAAAAGCGACAUUUUAGGCUGCACUGAGCACUUUAGCAUGAUUAAGGGCUAAGUUCAGUUUGAAACAAUGCUGUUUAUGGAUCUAUCACUUUAAUAAACAGCAGUGGGUUCACUUGCACAGAUGUGCUGUUGUUUCGUCAUAAAAUUUACAUUGUUUUAAUGAUUAGCAGAGACAAUAAAAAAGCAACAUGUACUCCGUUUAAAAAAUUUUUUUUUAUAAGGGUUAAGCUCAUAUUGUUUGUCCACAAAUGAUGUUCCACAUACCAUGCACUAUAAAUUGUGUUAUUUCUCAA